AAAUAAAAACUGGGGGUUUAUAUGAUAAAUUAAGGAGGAACGACAAAGAACCCCGAUACCUCGAUCCCAAUCCCUCAUCGUCUUUUUGUUCUCGCCGUGAGCCUCUUCACCUCGGUCGUCCUCUUGGCCUUCUCUUCGUCUUGCUUGCUCUUCAGACGCUCUCUCUUUGAUUCCAGCUUCAAGAUAGAAUUUUUGUAUUCAAUCUUUCUGGUUGCUAUUUCUGGGAGAAGGUGUGGAGAUAGGCUUGAGAAUGGAAGUAGAUGGGGAGGAUAGGUUUAGGAGUUCGUCUGUGGAAAGAGGGGGGCGGGAUGGAAGAGCAGGUGAUUAUGAAGAAAAUGGCAGUGUUGAUCAGGAUUGUAACGGCGAGUUGGGUAGGAAGGACAAGUCUAGAGAGUCAGGGAAGCACAAGAGCAAGGAUAGGAAGAGAAGGGGAGAAGGAGAGAAGAAAAGGGGCACAGCAGUAGGGAUAGGGAUAGGUCGAAGGAAUGGUAGAGAAAUGAUAGGUUGGAAACUAGGGAGAGGAGGAAGGAUGAUUGGGAAUAUGAUGAGGAUGGAGAGAGACAAGGUGAGGGAAAAAGAUCAUGAUAGGGACAUGCAUAGAGGGAAAGAGCGUGACAGAGAUACGGAGAGGUACUAUGAUGAGGAAAAUGAUCGUGGUAAGGCUCAAGAGAGUGAUAGGGGAAGGGAGAGAAAGGUUGAUCAGGAUAGGGACUUGCCUCGUGAAUAUGAAAGGGACAGGAAUUGGGAGAUGGAUAGAGAUGGAGAUAAUGGGCAUGAUAGGAGCAAAGGUUGUGACAAGGACCAUGGGAAGGAAAAUGAGAGAGAAUUGGAAAGGGAAAGAGGAAAGGACAAAGACCGUGAUAGGGAGAAGGAAAAAGAGAGGGAAAGAGAGAAGGAUCAGGAUAGGGUGAAAGACAGAGAAAGAGAAAAAGAAAAGAGUAAUGAUCGAGAAAAGGGAAAAGACAGAAAAGAAGGAGAUAAGGAUAAGCUAGAAAGAAUAAAAAACAAGGACUGAGCAAGGGAGAAGGAAACCGACAAAGAGACUGAUUGGGAUAGUUUAAGAGCAAAGGAUAAGGAAAGGGAAAUGGAUAGGAGCAAAGAUGGACAGAAAGAUGAGAAGAUAACUGCAGAAGAUGGCGAUGGUAGAACUAUUUUAAGAAAUGGGGAUGGAGCUCAGGAUGAGCACGGAACUCAUGAACGAAUUGCUUCCAGAGAUUCUGGCGAAAAAUCAUCUGGGCUUCCCAAUGCAACUUCUGAUCUAGGGGAACGUCUAUUGAAGUCCUAUUGAACAAUGGAAAUUCAUAACAAGAAAUUGAAUGUGCAGAAGUUAUUC